AUGCGGGUUCUGGCGAUCGUCUGUCUUCUGUCGCUGAUAGCUCUCGCGCAGAGCCUCACUGUAGUUCCUCCGCUUCUCCAAGGACCAGAUAUUUCUCCCAGCCCCUCCCGUAGCCUCGUCGCUCGCGUUGACGAUAUCGAAGUCAUAUACCACAAAGCCACAUGCAAAGGCCAAAAGCUGCUGUCAGCAACAACCUCUCCGCAUGACGCAGCAGCUGCCUUUGUCAACCCGAUCGAUAGCCCCUGGACCAACCCCAUCCAACAGGAGCUUGAAACUUGGGGCUACAAAAUCGAGAGUGACGAUGGUACCCCCCAAUUCCGCGCAAGUCAUGACGAUGAGUGCGAGUUCGAGCAUAGCCACAAGCUCAAGAGCAUGUUCGAUGACCUCAGGAUCGAUACGCGUAGUACCUACCAGGGUGGACCUAAUCGGUGUUACUUUAUCAACCAUAAGGACGGUCCGGCAGUACGGCGCGACAAUCAGGGAGAUCUACCACCCGUCAAGCAGCAGUGGUAUAAAGCCAACGACCAAUACUAUCGUGUCACCAACGCCGAGUUCGUAAUCGGCGUAAACCCAGCAUCAGGCCUCAUUGCAAUGACCAAUCGUCAGAGCCCCGCCACGAGCGCGCAAGCCCUCUGGGGUCUCUCCAACCCUCCGCCGAACGAUGAGCUUCCCGCACUGAAAUCGAGCUCUGAUAUCAUGUGGGGACUGUGGAAUUUGGCGAGUCCGAACAACCUGCACGGCAUCAAGUAUAUCCUUAGUACGCCUGUUAUCAACGACGAGACGGUCGCGAUAAUCAAGAAGAUCUUGGAAGACAACUGCCUCGAUUUGGAUGAGCUGAUGACCUGGUCGGGCUGCGAGUUUGGGUCAGAUGAGCCGGAGUACCUCGCUUUGCUCGGUAAGUCGUAUCUCGGUUCGACGUUCUGGGAUUGGAUUAUUGACUUCGACUGUGAAUGUAGGAUCACCGAAUGGACAAGCCGUUGGGUACUUCCUGGCGCAGCACAAAGCCCAGCUCGGCGGAAAAUAUGUGUCAAAGAUCAAUAUCUUCAAGGGAGAUGA